AUGGAUUCUUUUUGUGUUUUCCUUUCUGAAAUUUGUACUGCAAAUGAAAAUAAUUUGCUUUAUUCAUCAACAACACAGACAGAAACUACAGCAUUAUUUUUACAAAAAAUAUGUCAAGUUACCUGUAAUAAUAAUCAAACAUUUUUACAAAAAUUGUGUAUUUGGUUAACUAUUAAAAAACAUUUUAUUUUGGUUAGUUAAGUUUAACUAAAUGGAUUUUAUACUAGCUUGAAAAGUAAAAUUAUCAUAGCGAGACCAUUGCUAGGGUAUGACUCCGGAAACUAGAUAUGAUUUUGAAAUGCCCGGAAUAGGAGUUGGAGCCAAACUUUGACGAGGAGCCCCACAAACACUUAAUACACGGCACUGUUGGAGCUAUUAGGGACAGGCCUGAUCUUGAACUAAAAUUGUUAUCGGGUUUUGAUAUACAUCCAAUAGAGAUACCGACUUUGUAAUUAUAGUA